AUGUCCAAACGUACAUCAAAGUACGGCACAUGGAAUACGAUAACUACAAAGUCAGGACCAUAUCGGACAAAGAACGGUAAGAUUGUAUAUAGAACAAGACGUCCUUUGGCAAGACCGCGAAAUUCGGCUCGUCCCCAGCAGCCGACGCGAUACUCAGUGGCUAAAAAUCAAAAGGGUCUUUUAGAGCUAAAACUCAAUCAUUAUCAUUUGACGGAAUUCCCAAGGGAUAUCCUGAAUUUCACUGGUCUUCAGCACCUUGAGCUAUCCCACAAUGCCAUACAGGAAAUUCCUGGUGCCAUUGGAAGAAUGCGAAGAUUAAAAGUACUCUAUCUUCAUGAUAACAAAAUCAGUCGCUUGCCAGAAACACUGACGAACUGUAUACAUUUGGAGGAUAUCAAUCUGACCAAUAAUGAACUGUCCUCUCUGCCACAAAACAUUGGAGCUUUGAAAGCAUUGCAAUAUUUUCGGCUUGGGGAAAAUCGAUUUGAAAGUGUUCCACACAACAUCAGUCUUCUUGCGAACUUACGAUGUCUUGACCUCCAUGGCAACCAUCUUUGGUAUUUGCCGUUUUCUCUAUCCCUCUUGGCUAAGCUCCAUUAUUUGAACCUUGCAGAUAACAAAUUUGAGCAUCUGCCUCUUCCCGUCUGUCAUAUAAAUUCACUGAAAGUUCUUCAGCUUCGAGGAAAUGGUCUUUCUAAUUUGCCACCAGAUUUUGACUCUUUGAAACAACUGAAAGAGGUAAACCUGAGCUUUAAUAAGCUUCAGAUGUUACCACCUAGUAUAACAAAUCUUCCAGACCUCAAAUAUUUAAAUCUUGCUGGGAAUAAAAUUCGGCAUGUUUCACAUCAUUUUGCCACAGUUUCUAAACUAAAAGUACUGCACUUGCAAGGUAAUGAAAUCGAGCAUUUUGCAGAAGGAUUUGUGCACAUGCACUACCUAAAUGUGUCCGAAAACAGAAUCUACACACUUUCUGUUGGACGAAUGAAAAAGCUGCAGUAUUUGAAUGCCAGUUUCAAUCAACUGGACAACGUUCCAAUGGGAUUGUUUUCGUGUCCAAAAUUAGAAGAGCUAAAAUUGAACGGGAAUAAAAUACAGGUUAUUCCUCAUGAAAUCAUACAACUUCAAAAAUUACGAGUGCUGGACCUCGGUAACAAUGAACUGACAAGCUUCCCCCAAGUCAUUGACAAAAUGGUUAAACUGGACUACUUCAACGUUCGUGGAAACUUCAUGAAACAAAGAGAAGGUUCCCCAAUGCAAGUCUGGCCUCAGGGUUUUUCAGUGAAGGUAAAGAAAGACAAGCCUUCACCGAGAUCAGUCAAAUCUCCAGUUUCAAACCACAAGCCAAUGAAGGCCUCGCCAGGUAGCAACCAAUUCCUCCGUAAAAGGCCAAGACAACAACAAUCUCAACAUUUGGAUGAAUUGUUACAAAACGGAUUUUCUCUCCGUCAUAUUGAGAAUGGUCACGAUUCUGUCAUGCAUCACUACAGAAGAGACGAAGAAACGGACAGACAACACACACGGCACGUUGGAGACAGACACGUGAUAGAAAGACCGACAACUUCCGGUAGAAGAGAGACUAGACACCAGAUGGCGUUCGAAGAUGACAACGGCACUCUUAGAUCAGGUGAUGCUGAUUUCCAGUUGCUGGGAAUUUGUAAUCAAGUGGAGAUGUUGCUCAACAAACAACUUCUGCAUCCUGCAGUUUGA